AUGGUCUUUGUUCUUCGUUUUGUGUGCUUUCUGACUAUUGCCGGAAUGAUUUCUACACUCCUGACACAGGCUCUGCUGUGCAGUGUCUGGUGUCCUGUGGCAUCUACAACUAUCUUCAGUCUAGCUCCCAACCAGUUAUUCACAAUGGAUGCCCUCAAUGGUGCUGCUGAAACUGAAGAUCCUAAACAAGCAUCUACUGUUCCCCCUGGUCCAAACCUGGGGACAAAUGAAACUGAUCCAGUCGCAGAUGUUGGAACUCAAGAAAACAGUAGUGCAGCAGGAAAACAGUGCUUCUGUGACAGUCCUGUGCCUGAAGGACAAAAGGGAGAACGGGGUGAAAAAGGGGAUCCAGGUAUCCCAGGGAAAAAAGGAGUACAAGGGCCCUUGGGAGAAACUGGACAACAAGGACUAAAGGGAGAAAAGGGUAAUCAAGGAUCCAAAGGUGAUCUAGGUAAACCAGGGCCUCCUGGUCAGAAAGGAGAACAAGCUACAAAAAUGUGGCGUUUACCUUGGCACAGCACCACCUUCAUUAUACUUAUUGCUGCCGCUGUACGCACAGAGGCGAAAGCUACCCUGGCUGAAAAGUUUACUAAGAUAAAGUCUCCAGAGAUGGAGGUCACUGAUGGCUUUGACACAUCCAUUGUGCCACCCACUGAAGAAAGUCCGUUCACAGAAAUAUCGGAAACAAGCGAAAUGCCAGUGGAGUUAUCCUCGCUGAACCCGGCCUUCAGAACGGCCACCACUCUGUUUCCUUUUGAAAAUUUUACUCUUGACACAGCUGAUUUCUUUUUUAAUUGCUGUGAUUGCUGUACCCCUGUGUCAGGUCAGAAAGGGGAACCAGGAGAGCAUGGACUGACAGGUCCUAAAGGAGAGCUGGGAGAUGCUGGCCCUCAGGGCCUACCAGGAAUUCCUGGACUUCAAGGUCCAAAGGGCUUCAAAGGAGACAAAGGAGAUAAAGGAGAACAUGGUGACCAAGGAACAAAUGGAAUUCCAGGGUAUCCAGGUAAACCUGGAGAACAAGGUGAAGCUGGAGUUAAAGGAGACAAAGGAAACUCUGGCCUUCCUGGAAUGAAGGGACAGAAGGGAGUGAAGGGGGACACUUGUGAGAAUGGGACCAAAGGAGAGAAGGGAGACAAGGGAGAGCUGGGCUUACAGGGGCUAGAUGGGGAAAAUGGAGAUAAGGGGGAAAAGGGAGAUCUGGGGGAAAAGGGGCAUUGUGGGGAGCCAGGGGAGAGAGGAGAGAGGGGGGAAAAAGGGGAAGGUGGAAUAAAAGGGGAAAAAGGCAGCAAAGGAGACGCUGGAGUUGAGGGUAUUCCUGGGAUGAAUGGACAACAGGGAGAAAAGGGUGAGCCAGGCAGUAAGGGUGAAAAAGGGGACUUGGGACCAGCUGGUGUGAUGGGACCUCUUGGGCCAAAGGGAAAUCCUGGUAGUAAAGGGGCCCGAGGAGCUAGUGGAAAGAAAGGCUCCAGAGGUAUCAAAGGCUCCAAGGGUGAUAACUCAAAAGUCCGAAGAUCAGCUUUCAGUGCUGGCUUGUCAAAGUCUUUCCCUCCACCAAAUGUCCCUAUUAAAUUUGACAAGAUUUUGUACAAUGAUCAGGAAGAUUAUAAUCCUUCUACAGGCAAGUUCAAUUGCAGCAUUCCUGGAGCGUAUGUCUUCGCUUAUCACAUGACGAUCAGAGGGCGGCCUGCUCGAAUCAGCAUUGUGGCACAAAACAAGAAGAUAGUCAAAACCCGUGAAACACUUUAUGGUCAAGAGAUAGACCAGGCGUCUUUCCUGAUCAUUUUGAAAUUAAAUGCAGGGGAUCAGGUUUGGCUGGAGGUUGGACGGGAUUGGAAUGGGAUCUAUGUUAGUGCUGAAGAUGACAGCAUAUUUACAGGGUUUCUUUUGUAUCCAGAUGAUAUUUUUGAGACCCUAGCAUAA